AUGGCGACUGCUUUUGAUACCCCAGCUCAGUACGAGCGUGAUCUUCGCAGCAUCAACAAGGAGUGGAAGCGCGGCAAGGACUACAACACCAAGUGGUCCAACGGCACUCGGCCCCUACCCAACGUUCGGUACGACCUGCUAGACCUUGAUGAGGGCCAGAAGGUCCGCCCGCGCCGAAAGGCAAGCGAGGAGGCCCACCCCAUCAAGGAGAAGCACAACAACAUGAACAAGUUCCACAGAUCACAUCCGGACCUCCCCCUCGGACGCGUCCGGUCGAAAAUGUCGGCGCAGCACGAGCUCGACGAGGUGGCCAAGGGCUCGCGCUCCAUCCUGGAGCUGCUGCCCACCAGCCCGCACAAGCAGAGCGUCUCGGACCCCUUGGUGUACAGCUUCGACCGCACCGACUCGCCCGGCCAGCCGCUGGCGCUCGACGUCUUCGUGAAGGCCGCCAAUGGGGGCCGCGCGACGGAGAAGUUCGUGGAGAAGGAGUACGAGAUCCUCGACGGCAACGGCGACGCGCUCAAGGGCCGCAAGGCCCGCCAGAACCUGCGCAAGUCCGGAAGCCCUCGUGACGGCGGGCAGGCUGUCGAGGAGGGCAUCGAGGUCGAGGACGGCUUCGAGCUGGUGUAA